AUGGAGCAACGCAAACGACACCAGCUUCGAUACACCAACGGACAACGGAAGGCCCUCCUCCAAGAGUUUCACGAAGCCAACGAAACAAGCGAGCAAAAGUUCUGCCGCGACAAGCAUCUUGCCUACUCGACAUGGCAAGGGUGGCGACUGAAGGAAGACAAGAUCAUGUCGAACAAGAGGCACAACCGCCUUGCCGCAUUGGGCGGCCAAGGGCACACGACACUCAUACCGUUCAAGGACGAGCUGCUCGCAUACAUGCGCGAUCGCCGCGGCACCGAGCGAUACAUCCGAGCAUUCCACCUCAUGCAGUGGGUCAAGAGGAACAAGCGAGAAUGGCUCACGGCGGUGGCGUACAAAUCGUUUCGUUGCCUACUCCUGCGCUUCGCAUACCGCAACCGCUUUCGUCAUCGAAUUCCAUGCAUCAGCAAGGCCACUCAACAAGUCUUGGACGAGGUGUGGCUUGGCUACGCCGCUACGUUUUGGAACAAGUGCGGUCACUACGACAAAAAACACAUCCUGAACAUCGACGAGACAUCUGUCUGUUUUGACAUGCCUCCGGGAAAGAUAUUGGCUGAAAUCGGUCAGUCGAGCAAGGUGUCAGAUGGCGAGAAGCACUCGUGCCCUUUGUUGUGCACCAUACCACCAGCUCCCACAACAGAGUCAUUAUAA